UCCAGGGUAAAUGGGAGCCUGGAGGCCUUCCCAGCAUGCAUUGUCCCGGAAAUGUUGCACCGAACCGAACAAUGUAAUAUUCCUGUUGACUCCUAUAUUCAUUGGAUUUGCAUAAAUGUAUAUUUAGUGUAUUGCUGAGUUGUCCACUUACCCUGACCUGGUGGGACGCUUCAGGGCAGAGAGAAUCACGACAGCUGAUGGGAAGGGGUCAAAGAGAAAGACUUUAAAACAGCAUUCCAGAAAGUGGGUCUAUAUUCAGACAGAAUGGGAUCAAAUAAUGUUAUGCAUUUUGAAAAUGUGUACGAUAUGUCCCCUUUAAAAAGAUUACAUGUACUAUUCCUAAAUAUGAGUUAGUUGGACCUAAUAAAAUAGUUUGGAGGGGACAGAAGAAGAUCUGGACCUGUAAUGUAAUGUAACAGAAGGACAGUAAUAUCAGAAUAACGUCCACAGGGAUUCUGUGUCCUACUAAACAGCAACUCACCGUAAGCCCCCAUCAAUUUGCCAUUGAGCAAUGCUAAGCUAUAACAUACGGUGAAAGUCUGGGGGCAAGUAACCAGCCAUGUAGAAAAAGAAAUGAUAUGAUUUCAGCGACUAUACAGUCAUAACAAACAAAACAUCAACUGUCAGUGAAUACAAUGAAACCAUGUGAGAACACGACGGAAAGGAAUCCAUACAAUGAGGAGUACGGGCUCAGAACCAUGCAGAUACUUUAAGAAUGGGCAGGGCGCGCAUGAAUGCCUCAAAGAAAACAUGUGUUGACAAGAAGCUUCAGCCCAUGACCAUACACAUCCAUGAGCCUCAAUACCUCUGGAUAACAGAUCAGUCAGUGUGGAUUUAAAGUGGCAAUGCUGGAAUUCAUAUUCCUUUUAUUGAACAGCUAUCUUUAGCCGCAUUUCAGUGUUAAAUUAAAACCAGAGAGCUUUUUGGAAGAAGGAAGAAAAAAAAGUGUUAGUUGUUGGAAGGAGUCCGUCUCUUUUGGCACAGACCCACAAAUACUUUAAUUCUAACUUGUGGAAUUUAGUUCUGCAGAAGAUGAAAGGCAGGAAUAUGGCUUGUAAAUCCUGAAGGGCCUAUCUCAGGUACCACAUUUUAGCUGGUUCAGUUUGUGUGUUGUGUGUGUGGUAUUGCCCCAGGCUCACAUCUUACUGAAUGACCAGAUGCUCCUAUGAGUUAUAUUUCUAUGUAAUAAACCUGGAGUGAGAUUGCAAACAUUUGGCUAAAACAAGUGUCCACUCGGCCACAAAUGCCCCUCUGGUAUAUUUACAAAUAUGUUCUAGUAACUAGCAUGUGGGAACUCAAAUUUGAGAUGUGUGUGGCCAUCAGACGGAACACGACACCGGCGCGCAAAGCGAGCGCGGAGAUCAGGUUAGAAACAUGCAUCGUGCAACAUAACAUCUCCAAAUCGCAUUCCGCAUAUACUGAAAUCUAAUCCGAGGACAUCAGGAUGGGUGACAUAAUCCCCAAGACAUCUGAAAACUGCGCUGCCCCAAACGGGGCUCCAGGGGUGGCUUGGAGAAAUAUGCGGACCUCUGUUUGCUCUUGCGGGGACAUAUAAAAGAGGGGGCGGACUCCCAACUACCCGAAACGUCAGAGCGCACUCCACUAUAAAUCUCUCCAAACUGGCCUGUGCGCGCGGUGCGGUGUUAUGCACAGACAUCUGUCCCUUCAGCAAAGCAUGAGGACAGCGCGCGUGGAAACUCUCCGAGCCGCAUGGACAACCGCCUGACGCGGAGAAAUGGAGAAUAAAUACACAACUAUGUGUUUAUCAUGUCAAGAUAUUGUCACAUGUCGGCGACUAUGAACAUUUAACGCAGUUCUGGAUGUAACGGCGCUUUGACUGUUUUUCACAAGAGGCAGACAAGAGCUUCUGUAAUCCCGGGAAACCGAUUUUCUUUGGAGUAUUCGGUGCCUUGCGUACGGGCCGGAGACGCCGAUGUCUUUAUUGAACUCCUCUCGGUCGGAGAUGGUGGAACUCUCUCGGAUUUCCAACGUGGAAACGUAGCAUUCAAUUAAUCAGCGACUUGCAACUGUACCCCGCGAGGCGCAGUGGCACUUGGUACGCUCUCUUCAACACCCACCUUUGGACUCCAAAGUGUGGGAAGACGCGUUGUUUCGCCGGAUCGGAGAAUGAAAACAACUAGUGGUAUUUCAGCGUUUAUUUCUAUCGGGACACAAACCGAAUUUGAGCUCGUUUUAAGGACAUUUUCGAAUUGUGGUUGUUGAACGAUCCAUGCAGCUGAUUCAGCUUUGGACUCUAACUGAGAAGGGAUUUCUGUUUUGGAUUUUAACACCAACAGUCAAGCGUUUCAGGUCUGCAUGGGCCAUAUUUAAGCUUUCUUCAUAGGAACUGAGUCUAAGAUGAAGUUAUGGGAUGUUUUGGCCACGUGUUUGUUGCUCCUGAGCUCUGUUGCUUCACGGCCUCUCUACCAAAACACUCAGCCAGCCAAGAGGACUUAUUUCCGCAGCAGCUACAGUGAUUCUGCGUCCCUGUCUGUGGAGGACGAAGAGCCAAAGUUCCAGCGUAAAGAUCACAACCUGAAGGAGAUCUCCAUGGAGGAUCAAUAUGACAUGGCGGGUCCCUUUCCAGAGCAGUUUGACGAUGUGAUGGAUUUUAUUGAGGCGACCAUAGGCCGACUCCGGAGAUCGUCAGAGCCCAGCGGCGGCUCCAAGGGCCGCAGGGAGCCGAGGCAGAGGGCAGCGGCGGCGGCGGCGGAGACAGCAGGCGCGAGAGGGGAGCGGCGGGGACAUGGCGACAGGAAGCGCGGUCGAGGGCGAGGCGGGAGCCGGGGUGGCAAAGGAGGGCGCGCCGACAAGGGGAGGGAGGGCAUAUCGGUGCAGACCCGGGGCUGCCUGCUGAAGGAGGUCCACCUCAACGUGACGGACUUGGGGCUGGGCUACCAGACCAAAGAGGAGCUGAUCUUUCGGUACUGCAGCGGCCCCUGCGUGGAGGCCGAGACCAACUACGACAAGAUCCUCAACAAUCUCACACACAACAAGAAGCUGGACAGGGACACGCCGUCCCGCACCUGCUGUCGGCCAAUCGCUUUCGACGAUGACUUGUCCUUCCUGGACGACAAUGUGGUGUAUCACACGCUGAAGAAGCAUUCUGCCAGGAAGUGCGGCUGCGUCUGAUGGAGUCUCUGCCGGCGACCCUUCAGCAGCCGGUGGGAUCUCUUCUGUUAAGCUAUGGUCAGGAAGGGAGUGGAUUUUCUCUUGUUAUUCAUCAAAAACGAUGAACUGUACAUUUGACUUUGACAGUCCACACUCAGUCCUGCAGAAUCCCUGACCAGUAUUUGCAGAAGAAACAAGACUGUUACACUUUUUUUUUUUUUUUUUAAACUGUGCUGUCUCAAAAGGUGAGAGUGAAGAAAACAUUCAAUCGGUUUCUUUUCUUUUUCUGGCGGAAUUAAUUUCCCCGGCAACCGGAUCGGUUUUUCCAGAGCCUACCGAGAUGAACACAGAUACAUAUUUGAGAAGUAUAUUCAGCUGCAAUCUAAAUUACUUUCAAUGCAUAGUCUGGAUUGUGACAUUUACACUGGGAGCAAAGAGAUGACACGAACCACAGCGGAGUUCAGCAAAGACUUUUUGCUGCAACGCAUCUACAUAAAAUCCAAUCUUAUAUAUAUAUAUAUAUAUUUGUAUAUAUGUAUAUGUGUGCAUAGUUACAUAUAUAUGUAUAUGUAAAUACCCAUGUAUAUAUGUGUAUAUAUAUAUAUACACACACACAUAUACAUAUAUAAACAUGUAUACAUAUAUAUAGAUACAUACACAUGUGUGUAAGAGGUAUAUUUAUUAAGAUGGGAAUUAACUUAUUAUUAUUUAUUUCAAUCCAUUUUAUGAAAGAAAUUGUAAUUUUUCUUAUUUAUUUAAACGUUUUGUUUGUCCUUGAUGGUGCCAUUGUGGAGCAUUUUCUCAUGCAAACUUUUAAAAGGUGAUCCAGAACUGCACAACAUUCACCCACGAACCCUGAUGCUUAUUCGCUUCACUUAAGAUUCCAGAGUUUCUCUAUUCAUGACACCAAAGGAUCAGCGUUAGCUGUCCAGUGAAGAAAGGGUAGUAAGAGACACAGAGGAGGGGACCAGUAGAAGACCUUCGAUUGAAUUGACUGUUGUCACCUUAUUUUUCCAUUUGA